CCUUCUACAGAAAAAUGAGGGUCUUUUACCUUCUGCUGAUUUUUCUGUGUGGAGCCCAGAGCUACACAGCAUCAAGGCCAAACAUCGUCCUGCUCAUGGCAGAUGACCUUGGCGUGGGAGAUCCUGGAUGCUAUGGGAACAAGACUCUCAGGACUCCAAACAUUGACCGGCUGGCCAAUGGGGGAGUGAAGCUCACUCAGCACCUGGCAGCAUCACCCCUGUGUACACCAAGCAGGGCAGCCUUUAUGACGGGCCGGUACCCAGUGCGAUCAGGAAUGGCGUCUCGGUCCCUGAUUGGAGUUUUCAUCUUCACGGCUUGUUCUGGAGGACUUCCAACCAAUGAGAUCACCUUUGCCAAGCUUUUGAAGAAUCAAGGCUACUCAACAGCACUAAUAGGGAAAUGGCACCUUGGAGUAAACUGUUACAACAAAACUGACUUUUGUCACCACCCUCUACGGCAUGGCUUUGACUACUUCUAUGGACUCCCUACAACCAACUUGAGGGACUGCAAACCCGGGGAAGGUUCUGUCUUCACUUCAGCCUCCAGAUGGCUGGUCUUUAUCCCCCUUCAGAUCAUCGGAAUUGCUGUGCUGACCUUAGGGGUGCUUCACUUCCUAGGACUGCUUCAUGUGCCCAUCAGCGUUUUCAUCUGCCUCCUCCUUCUGGCAUCCUUAAUCCUGAUCCUCUUCCUGUGUUUCCUUCAUUACUUCCGGCCUUUGAACUGCUUCCUGAUGAAGAACUUUGACAUCAUCCAGCAGCCCAUGUCCUAUGACAAUCUCACCCAAAGGCUGACUACAGAAGCGGUUCAGUUCAUACAACAAAAUGCUGAGACACCAUUCCUACUUUUCUUGUCUUUCAUUCAUGUGCAUACAGCCCUCUUCUCCUCCAAGGAAUUUGCACACAAAAGCAAACAUGGCCGUUAUGGAGAUGCUGCUGAAGAGAUGGACUGGAGUGUUG